AUGGUGCAGGAGAAGCGCAUCGUUCGCGUGAUCGAGGUCCACAGCGGCUUCUCUGCCCUUGUUGUGGAUGCAGCGAGUGCUUCUCGAGAUGGUAGAGAGGUCACUUUCGAUUGCCUUUGGUCCUCCUCCUUGACCUCCAGCGCGAUCAAAGGCAAGCCGGACAUAGAGACGGUGACGACGUCCGAGCGCCUCCACAUUGUGGAUGAUGUGCUCGAGGUGUCGGACAAACCCAUACUCUACGACGGGGACACCGGGGGUGCCAAGGAGAUCUUUGCCUUCACCGUGCGAAAGCUGGAGCGCCUGGGAGUCUCCGGUGUGGUCAUCGAGGACAAGUGUGGACUCAAGCAGAAUUCCCUCUUCGGGACAGACAGAGUUCAAAGCCUGGAGGAUGUGGAUGUUUUCUGCGACAAAAUCCGAACGGGCAAGGAUGCCCAGGUGACCAGCCAUUUCAUGAUCUUCGCUCGUCUGGAGGCCUUGAUCGCGGGGCUGGGGGAGGAAGAGUGUCUCCAACGAGCACGGGCCUACGUGACCAAGGGAGGUGCCGACGGCAUCAUGAUCCACUCGAAGGAGAAGGAGGGCACGGAUAUUUUCUCUUUCAUGAAGCGAUGGAGACAGGAGUUCCCGGACGUGCCCGUUAUCGCAGUGCCGACGACUUACAACCACGUCACUGAAGACGAGCUGCAGGAAGCCGGCAUCAAUAUUUGCAUCUAUGCAAAUCAGCUGCUACGAGCAUCGUACAAUGCCAUGCUUGACACCGCUACGAAAAUCCUCCAGGCCGGUCGUGCCAAGGAGGUCGACAGCCAGAUUUUGCCGACGAAGAAGAUGAUUUCCCUCAUUGAUGAUAACACCGAGAAGUCCGACUGCUGA